GAUUACCCUCGCUGCGCAUGCAACUCUAGCGCAAUAGUGCCCAGCAUACUCUCCCGCUCCUCACACGUUAACGCUUUCAUUCUUACUGCAAUACCACGCCCCAGCGCGCGCUCGACGACUCAGCUCCACCCUUCAACCCGACGACUCCGAGAAGCCCGAACAUCCUCAGACCGCCACUCUUCCGCCAAAGCUCCUGAUCCGCCCGGCCUGUUGCUCAAUCCUAUGUGAUUAUCGAUACGUUGCCACCGAAGGCUGUUGGGUGUUGAAUCUGGGCGGAUUGCAGACGUCGUUUGGGUCUGCAGACUGAAGUCGUAGAUCUGGGUCUAAGCAUAUGGCGACCGUCGCCCAUCAACACCAAGCAACAUCUGCACACGCUCGCUCAAGCCCCGGUCAUGUUAUGGAGAGCAGCCGCAACUCGUCCAUCUCCCGCGAACCGUCCGCGUCGUCAGCUCCCAUGGCCUCCCAUCAGCACGCCACUCCUGCGGGAGCCCCUCCGAAGAAAGGGAAGGGCAAGAAAAGCACGGACCCGUUAGAGCAGCAGAAGCAGAUCCAGGCGAAGAUCGCGCAGCUGGAAUCGGAUGCUGCUGGUGACAAGGAGCAAGACGCUGAAAUUGAACGCGAAGUCAAAAAGGCGAAUCGAGACCUAUCCCAUCUCCUUUCAACCAUGGAAACGCCAAUGUCGCGCCUCGAAGUUGUUCAGAAGAAAUACACAGAGUUGCUUCAGGACAUGAAACGGACGGAGCGCGAUCAUAUCAAGGCCAAAAAGCGCGGAGACCAGUUGCAGAAGGAGAAAGAUGCUGGGAGGACGGAGCUAAAUAGGGUCACGACAAUGAAGGACAAGCUCGAGAAGCUGUCUCGCGACGUAACCAAGGACAACAAGAAGCUGAAAGAUGAAUAUCACAAGCUCGAGACGAACGAAUCCAAGGCUCGCGCAGAGCUGCAUGCCAGGCUGGAGGCUAUGGUGGCCAAUGUUGACGAUGUCAUCAAUUCACAGGGGCAACCCGAAGCCCAGGAUCUAAAUAUGGAGCUUGACGAUUUAUUUCGCCAGAAGUUCAAAUCAUUCAUUGACCAAUACGAAUUACGGGAGCUUCAGUUCCACUCUCUUCUGCGAACGAAGGAACUUGAAAUCCAAUAUCAGAUGGCACGGCUGGAUCAGCAGCGCAAAGCUCAAGAAGUGGAAUCUUCCAAAUCCCACCAAUUGACAAGACAGGUAUCCACUUUCUCCCAAACAGAGUCCGAAUUGCGUACUCAGCUAAACAUCUACGUUGAAAAGUUCAAGCAGGUCGAAGAAACCCUCAACAAUUCCAACGAUUUAUUUCUGACGUUCCGAAAGGAAAUGGAGGAGAUGUCCAAGAAGACGAAACGCCUAGAGAAGGAAAACCACAACUUGACAAGGAAACAGGAAGCAACUAGCCGAAAUAUACUUGAGAUGGCCGAGGAGCGAACCCGAACCCAGAAAGAGAUGGCUAGGAAAGACAAGGAGAUGGAGCUUCUGCGCAAGAAGAACGAGAAUCUAGAGAAGCUCUGUCGCGGGAUGCAAGCUCAAGGUCGUGGACAGGUCAACGUGAAUGAUCUAGACACAUAUGACGAGGAAGCGACGGAGAGCGAAUACGCGUAUGAGGAUGAUGACGAUGAAGAAGUCAGUGGAGAGGAAGGUGAUGAGACGGAGGAAGAUGUCAUCGAUCCCCCAGAACGCCGACCAUUUGGUCCGGUGCCACCCCCUCCACCCCCGCCACAGAAUCUUGUCAAUGGGGUGAAGGUCAACGGUCACAGGCAGACCAACGGACAGGUCAAUGGCAUCAAGCGUUGAGAGGUGGUAUGCGAGUGCGGUCUGCUAGCUUCAGUGAAGUUGUUCGUAAGCAUUGACUUUCGGGGGUCCUGCCCGCCUUUAGUUUUAAACCGACUUGAUAUCUACUCCGCAUUUGUGUUUGACUAGGUGUAUCGCUUGCUCAACAAUGCUCC